GCUGCAUAUGCGCGCCGUGCCUGGAGAUCGCCAUAAGAACGUAACAGGUGAAGGUGCCUCCCCACAGUGACAGCAUAUCCAGUCGCGACACUCCACGCGUGCGUGCCGGGUAAAUGAGGCUUGAGGGCAGCCACACGACAGCGCAUGACGUGCCAUCGGCCAUAGGAACUCUCGCGGCGUGACCUCUGCGCGUGUGUGCUCGAGACGGUGGCCCAGCACAGCACAAACACUGCAAAAGGACCCUUGAACCCUUAUGAUGCAGCGGUCCACUGCCGCUCCGCUACCGCCGUUGCCACUCGCAAAUCCCUCCCGACUCUGCUAGCUUUCCGCUAAUGCUGCUCACGCCGCGUACGUACGCCCUUGCCCAGAUUCCGGACGCCGGGUGCUCGGAAGCCCGCUCUUCGUACUUUCUGCUCAGCAAGUCGCGCACCGAGCAGCGCAACGAGCAACUGCGCGCCAGGAGCAUGUUGCUGCUCCACCAGACAGGGAGCGUCAGGGUCGGAGAGGUCGUGAGAUACACGGUCACGUACACCCCCUCGCAAGAUAGAAUACUCCCCUCGCCCAACUUCCUGCACGUCCGCAUACGGAACACCUCCGCGAUACCCCUCCGCGCCGCGUACCUCCACGGCCCCUACACCAUCCAUGUUGCCGCAUAUCCCUCCACAUUCAAUCCGAACAAGAAGGUCGAGGCGCCGAAGAAGGAAGGCGUGCCAGAGUUUGAACCGAACCUGAAAGCCGGAGGCUCCUGGAGCGCAAAGCUCACCGUGCCGGAGCAUAUCCGCGAGACGGGCGGCAAUCGCGAACAGAACGAUGGCGCACCGCAGAGCGCAACAUGGAUAAUCGAGAUCGCCUCGCAGAUCAUCUUCUCGCAGUCGGCGUCGAUCGGCUACGAGCUGCUGGUUGCGCGAGAUGAGAAGUCCCUAGAUCUGGGAUUCAUGGCCAUCACUGGAAACUCGCACGGGGUCCCUGGCCAGGUGCAGGACCACCAGCAGGGCAAGCAGUCUCACAAGGCGAAACAUGCGGCGAACCAGAAGGGCGUGUAUUCGAAGGCGGUCAAGUUGGUCGUGGAUGACACCACGAGCCUGUGGAACAAGCCAGAGCUGCCGGAGAUCAACAAGGAAGAAGCGAAGAAGCCAACGCGGUAUUCUACAGACACAAGCGAACACGCAUCCGAGGAGCCACAGAAGCAACGGAAGAUCCAUCUGGUGAUCCUGACGCACGGGUUGCACAGUAAUCUGGGGGCUGACAUGCUGUACCUGAAAGAGAGCAUCGAUGCCACUGCCAGACAGGCGCGGGAGGACCGAAGGAAACGCCGACGACAAGAGCGGCAGGCUGCAAGAACGGAUGGACCAUCUGAGACCUCCACUGCUCAAUUAUCCGGUGGUCAGGAAGACAUAUCCCCAGCGGACGACUCUGAUGACGACGACGAAGAAGUCAUCGUCCGCGGUUUCGACAAGAAUGUCAUAAAGACCGAGCGUGGCGUCCAGUAUCUCGGCAAGAGGCUAGCUAAGCACGUCCUCGAGCUCACGUAUCCGGACCAGCCGUAUCUUCCGCUUAAGAAGCCAAAGAUCAAGACGCCGUUUUCGCCAAUCAAAGACAAAUCGUCCGUGGGUUUACCAGCACAUGAAGGGAGCAGCAUCCAUCACCAGGACGAUGCCAAGAAAGACCAGAGAGCAUACAAGUUCACAAGCAUCAGUUUUGUCGGGCAUUCCCUUGGUGGCGUCGUGCAAACAUACGCGAUUGCGUACAUCUACAAGCACUCACCCGAGUUCUUUGAGAAGAUUAAACCCAUCAACUUCAUUGCCAUGGCAUCGCCCUUCCUAGGACUGAGUAACGAGAACCCGAUGUAUGUCAAGUUCGCGCUGGACUUUGGACUGGUGGGAAGGACAGGCCAAGAUCUCGGUCUGACAUGGCGGGCUCCGACUCUGGCAAGAAGCGGAUGGACAGCCAUGGUGAGCGGUCUUGGCGGUCAAUCGCAGAGUCAGCAAAAGCAGGACGAUCCAGGCUCGAAGCCUCUACUCCGGAUUCUACCAUCUGGUCCGGCCCAUGUGGUUCUGCGAAUGUUCAGAAACAGGACAGUCUACUCAAACGUCGUCAAUGAUGGCAUCGUGCCAUUGCGGACCAGCUGCUUGCUCUUCCUUGAUUGGAGAGGUCUCGGCAAGGUCGAAAAGGCUAGAAGGGAAAACGGCCUUGUCGGUACAGUGGCUGCAUGGGGUUUCGGGCAACUGAUCGGCUCGAACACAUCGCCUAACCCAUCGAGGGUCACCUUCUCUUCGGAUGAUCAGGCCGAUGGCACAGAGUCACCCUCGUUCAGUGGAGAUGACACCGUAGUGCCCCAACCAGGAGCCGAUGUCGCGAACGAGGAUGAAGAAGCACAAGCGGCUGCAGAACCCAGCGCCAAUCAGUGGUUGGACGAAGGGAGACGCAGCUCAGAUGGGAAGCGGUCACCACCCGAUGGCAUCGCAAAUUCGAGCACGAUUUACCAGCUUUGGAACUACAUUCGUCCUUCCGGAAAGCACACUGCCAAAGACAAGAAGAUGUUCACGAGAAGCCAGACCAUAGCGAUGGAGCAGGAAGAAGCUGAUGCCCAAGCCAAUGAAGCCUCGUCCCCAGAACAGCCGCACCAGCAGAGGAAAAGACCGCAGGCGACUCGUGGUGACUCGAUGGUGAAUGAUCCGUCGCACUCUGCUAGACCACCAAAGACGACGAUAUUCGAAUCAGCCAGUGAUCUCAUUGCCCCUCCCGUACCCGAAACGUCUUGGAUCAUCGACCCCUCCACGAGAGCCCGCACGAUCUUCCACGACCGCAUCUACCACCCAGAGGACAUUCCACCCCCGCCAGCCAGGAAGAGAAACAACCAGCGGUCCUUUUCAGGCGACAGCAUGUCAUCACAAGCCUCCGCAGGCAGUGCAGACGAAACAAGCGGCCUGCGGGUCGAAGAAAAAAUCGCGCGCGCCUACCACAAAGACCUGUCCUGGCGAAAAGUUCUAGUUCGGUUGGAACCCGACGCACACAACAACAUCAUCGUGCGCCGCAUGUUUGCCAAUGCUUAUGGCUGGCCCGUCGUCAAGCACCUCUGCGACACCCACUUCGCCGACACGUACGCCGCCAACGAGCGUGACGAGCGCGAGCCCGCCAUCGACCGCGCAAAGGGCAUCAACGUCCCCGUAAGAGAAGACGGUGAGCACGUCAAGGGACAGGAAUCCGCGGUUCCGCCUAUCGAACGCACAGACAGCGAACUCCGUGAGGUAGCCGACGAACUCGCGCCGCUGAAGUCUCGUGUGCACCAGCGCGCACGGGGACACACUACGGAUUCGGUGAGGAGCAAGGACUCCGCGGCCUGGGACGACAUGUACUUUGAAGGCACAUCAGAUGAGGACGACGAUGAAGAUGACCGCAAUGCGAUUCAGCGCUUCCUCCAGCUGCCACCCCAGGGACGCAAGUCCCCACGCACGCCUGACGAGCGCGGCACAAGCCAGGCCGAGAUCAGCGACUUCCUCUCCACCUCCCCGAAGGGCAUAGACAUGCAACACCACCGCGGCCUUGGAUCCUCACCCGCACCUUCCCAUUCGAAACCUGCCCGCCAACGCGAGCCAGACUCGCUCGAGUCCAUGGGCGGUGUACCGCCACCCAUCCUCGGCACCGGCCGCCUGACCAGCAGUCCGCCGCAGACACCUACGGUCACGGCUUCGGGGAAUAUCAGCAAGGUCGGACUAGGAAAGGGCAUGGACGUAACUAGUCCGGCGUCGGCAGGCGCCCAGGAUGGGCGUGCCAGAAGUGGAAGCGGAGGCGUCAGCGAGCAGGUUGCGCGGUUAAGCUAUUUUCCUGAUGGGGGGAUGGGCCAGGGCGGCUGAAGGGGGGGGCUUUUCUAUCUAUGUGGCGAUGAUGUUGUGCUGUAUACCCUAG